AUGCCGGCUAAAGUUAUUUUCCUUAUGGCUGACUAUGGGCAUGACCCUACCGAAACCGCGAUCCCCUGGCAGGUCUUCCAGACUGCUGGAUUAGAGGUAUCCUUUGCCACAGAGAAAGGCCAGUCACCAGUUUGCGACAACAAAAUGCUCUCAGGAUGGACCGGGACUCUGCUAGGGGCCAACAAGGCUGCGAGAAACGCCUACGAGGCGCUGUCGACAACUUCCCCCAGUUUUCAAAAGCCUCUGGCGUGGCAAGAUGCCUCUUUUACUCUGGAGGACUAUGACCUGGUCUUUCUUCCUGGCGGCCACGAGAAAGGCGUACGUCAGAUAAUAGACUCGUCUCGCGUCCAUGAGCUGCUGGCAAGAUACUUUUCUCUGACUAAGAAGCCAUCUCAAAAAGCAUUAGCAGCCAUAUGUCAUGGUGUGCAGGUGCUAGCAAUGGCGUCAGAGAGUGACGGUAGAAGCGUCCUGCACGAUGUCAAAACCACAGCAUUGCCAGCGUUCAUGGAGCAGGGUAUCUUCCACGCCACCAAACUGUUCCUCGGCGACUAUUAUAAGACAUACGGGGCCGGCACCGAUUCCGUGGAGGGCUUCGUUAAAGAGCGCCUAGCUGAUAAAGGGCAGUUUGCCAACAGCAUAAGUCCCCGUCCGUAA